GCCCCCAGCGGUUCCGCAGCGGCGCCACGUCGGUCCCGCUGGGUGAGGCCGAGCUCGGGCGGGACCGGCCGGGUCUGCAGGGCUCGGGGCUCGCUGCAGCGGGUCUGCCCCCUCACAACACAGACAUGGCGGCCCAGAAGGACCAGCAGAAGGAUGGCGAGGCGGAAGGGCUGAGCGCCACGACCCUGCUGCCGAAGCUGAUUCCAUCCGGCGCAGGCCGUGAGUGGCUGGAGCGGCGCCGAGCGACCAUCCGGCCCUGGGGGACCUUCGUGGAUCAGCAGCGCUUCUCACGGCCCCGCAACCUGGGCGAGCUCUGCCAGCGCCUGGUCCGCAAUGUGGAGUACUACCAGAGCAACUACGUGUUCGUGUUCCUGGGCCUCAUCCUCUACUGCGUGGCGACGUCGCCCAUGCUGCUGGUGGCGCUGGCUGUCUUCUUCGGCGCCUGUUACAUUCUGUAUCUGCGCACGUUGCAGUCCAAGCUCAUGCUCUUUGGCCGAGAGGUGAGCCCAGCCCAUCAGUACGCUCUGGCCGGAGGCAUCUCUUUCCCCUUCUUCUGGCUGGCUGGUGCAGGCUCGGCCGUCUUCUGGGUCCUGGGAGCCACUCUGGUGGUCAUCGGCUCCCAUGCCGCCUUCCACCACAUCGAGGCUGUGGACGGGGAGGAGCUGCAGAUGGAACCUGUGUGAGGCAUCUUCGAGGACCUGCCCGCCUCUGGGCCAGCUGCCCCAUUGCUGUGCACCCCGCCCUGCAUGGCUCUGCUGCUCAGGCCGAAGAUCCCAUCCCAUCACAAGCACAGGGAGGGAGUCGCCCUUUGGAAAUAAAGCUGUUACGGUUGUAGCAUUCA